UCUUUCCUCGCUCCACUCUCCGGUUUCCUCUCUCUUUCUCCGUCCCUCUGUACAAUUUUCAGUUCAAGAAAGAAAAGGCGACGCAGAAAUGGAGUCUGGGUCUUCCUCUUCUUGCCUUUUCCAGUCCAUCCAGAUCGCCCUCUUCCUCCUCUUCCUGUCCUUCACUCUCCUCUUCUCUGCCUUCUCGUUCUUGAUCUACAUCUUCAGGCUCAAGCCGCUCUGCAACUGCGACGUGUGCACGGCCUACUUGAGCUCCAGUUGGACCAAAGAGUUCGACAACCUGUGCGACUGGUACACCCACCUCCUCCGGAAGUCUCCCACCGGCACCAUCCACGUCCACGUCCUCGGCAACGUCGUCACCGCGAACCCCGACAACGUCCACCACAUGCUCCGCACGAGGUUCGACAACUACCCCAAGGGCAAGCCCUUCUCCGCGAUCCUGGGCGACCUCCUGGGCCGAGGGAUCUUUAACGUCGACGGCAAUUCGUGGAAGUUUCAAAGGAAGAUGGCCAGCUUGGAGCUCGGGAGCGUGUCGAUACGCGCGUACGCUUUUGAGGUCGUGGCGUCGGAGAUAAAGAACCGCCUCGUUCCGCUGUUGUCGUCGGUCUGCGGGAAAGAUGACGGCGUUUUGGAUCUGCAGGAUGUGUUUAGACGUUUUUCUUUCGACAGCAUAUGUAAGUUCUCGUUCGGGUUGGACCCGGGCUGCCUGAAGCUGUCGCUGCCUGUGUCGGAGUUCGCAGAGGCGUUCGACGCGGCAUCGAGGCUGUCGGCGGAGCGGGCGAUGAGCCCGUCUCCACUGGUCUGGAAAAUCAAGCGGCUGCUCAACGUCGGCAGCGAGAGGAGGCUCAGGGAGGCCAUCAGGAUGGUCAACGCCCUCGCUGACGAGGUGAUCAAGCAAAAGCGAGAAAUGGGUCCUUCAAAAGAUCACAACGAUCUUCUAUCGAGAUUCAUGACCACCAUCGACGACGACGGGUACUUGAGGGACAUCGUGGUGAGCUUCCUUCUGGCGGGGCGCGACACGGUGGCGUCCGCGUUGACCAGCUUCUUCCGGCUGGUGUCGCAGAACCCCGAGGUCAGAGACGCCAUAAGAGAGGAAUCGGACCGGGUCAUGGGUCCGACCAGCGGCGGCCUCGCGAGCUUCGACCAGAUGCACAAGAUGCACUACUUGCAAGCGGCUCUGUACGAGUGCAUGAGGCUGUACCCGCCGGUCCAGUUCGACUCGAAGUUCGCGCAGGACGACGACGUGUUGCCGGACGGGAAAUGGGUCAAGAAGGGGACGAGGGUCACGUACCACCCCUACGCCAUGGGCCGGAUGGAGCGGUUGUGGGGCUCGAACUGCCUCGAGUUCAGGCCUCGGCGGUGGCUGACGAGGGACGGGGUCUUCACGCCCGAGAGCCCGUACAAGUACCCGGUGUUCCAGGCCGGGGUUCGGGUCUGCCUGGGCAAGGAGAUGGCCCUGGUGGAGAUGAAAAGCGUCGCGCUGGCUCUGGUCCGGCAGUUCGAUGUCCAUGUCGCGGAUGGUCACCUCAGUCCCCAGUUCGCGCCGGGGCUCACCGCCACCAUCAGAGGGGGAUUGCCGGUGGUGAUUAAAGAGAGAUCAGUCGCCUCAGCAAGAUGAGAAGAGACUUUUUUGGGCGUACCCUAAAUAAGAGAACAGAUAACUCAAUGUGUACAUGCUCGAUAGUCACGUGUUCACUUGUUCCGUAAGAGCUUCAUUAGGAGAAAUGAACAGAUGCAUAGAAUGGAA